CUAAUGGCCAGUUUUUACCUGUCUACCACCUCCUCCACACGGUCGUCCUGUUUAUUAAUGAGCUCCGGCGCGAGGUGAAACCCAUUCUGUGGCAGACAGGGGCCCCUCCAGUUAAUUAAGAUCAUCACAGGAUUAAUUAAUUUGACCAAAAUCAACCAUGGAGAAAGUUCGCAGCAAUAUGACAGCGUUUUGGAAAGAUCACUCGAAGGACGCCACAGUGGAGGAGAUGAUGCUGGACUCUCGGGCCAGGGAGCUGACUCAGCACGAGCUGCCAGAAAUCCUCUCCAUGCUGCCUUCUCUGGCUGGAUGCAAAGUGCUGGAGCUCGGAGCUGGCAUCGGUCGUUACACCAGUCACCUGCUGACUAAGGCCGCCCAUGUGACUGCUGUGGACUUCAUGGAAAGCUUUGUGGAGAAGAACAGGAAGGACAAUGGUCACCACAGCAACGCUGCCUUCAUCCAAGCCGAUGUCACAAAGCUGGAAAUGCCCCCAAAUAGUGUUGACUUCAUCUUCUCCAACUGGCUGCUUAUGUACCUGAGUGACGCAGAGCUAACGUCCUUUAUGGAGAAAGCACUCAACUGGCUGCCUCUGGGUGGCUUUCUUUUUUUCAGAGAGUCUUGCAACCACCGAUCAGGUGACUCCAAGAGGGACUUCAACCCCACAUGCUACCGCACUGAAAAACAGUACAAUGACCUGGUCUCAUCAGUACAAGUGAAGGGGCCAGAGGAGGGCCAGACGUUUGGUUUCGACGUCGUAUUGAAAAAGAGAGUUCGGACCUAUGUCGCGAUGAAAAACAAUCCCAAUCAAAUCUGCUGGCUGCUGGAGAAGGUUCGGCGCUCCUCAAACCCACAGAGUGGAUUCAACACCUUCCAGCAGUUUUUGGACAACUCUCAGUACUCCAGACGUGGCAUCCUGCGCUACGAGAAGAUGUUUGGGUCUGGUUACGUCAGCACCGGCGGAUUCAGCACCACCAAGGAGUUUGUGGACAUGCUGAACCUGAAGCCUGGACAGAAGGUCCUGGAUGUUGGUUGUGGCAUUGGUGGGGGAGACUUCUACAUGGCAAAAACCUUCGGAGUGGAGGUCCUUGGCCUGGAUCUGUCUGAAAACAUGGUGGACAUCGCCAUAGAGAGGGCCAUCUCUGAGAAGCUGCCAUCAGUGCAGUUUGAGGUGGCUGAUGCCACAAAGAGGACCUUUGCAGAAGGUUCAUUUGAUGUGAUCUACAGCAGAGACACGAUCCUCCACAUCGACGACAAACUGUCACUCUUCAAACGUUUCCAUUCAUGGUUAAAGCCAGGUGGUCAGUUGCUUAUCAGUGACUACUGCUGUGGGAAGAAGCCCUGGACGCCGGCAUUCGAGGCCUACAUCAAACAGAGAGGCUACAUUCUCUAUACAGUAUCUGAGUAUGGCAAGUUCAUUGAGGAGGCCGGUUUCUGCAGUGUUCAAGCAGAAGAUCGGACAGCCCAGUUCAUCCAAGUGAUGAAGACAGAGCUGCAAAGGGCAGAGGCCAUUAAAGAUGAGUUCAUCGAGGAAUUCUCCGAAGAGGACUAUUUUGCAAUAGUGAAUGGAUGGAAAGAAAAGCUAGAACGUUCCAACAGUGGUGACCAACGAUGGGGACUCUUUCAUGCAACAAGGAAUUGAGCGGUUGUUGCCAAGAAUGGAGCAGAUAAUAAAAGAAAAUGUGUUUUGACAUUUCUUUGUUUCUUUACGGUUGCAUCAUUGAUUAAAGUCAUUAACAAUUAUUUUGUUAA